AUUUUUGCAGACGACGCAAACAGCGAACAGUAUCUUAGCAGAGAUACUGUUUAAUGCAUGCCGCGAGUAGGGGGUUAAAAAAGCAUCUACAAUGAGUGUCAGAAGUACACUAUAAACCGUAAAUGCAAAAAUGAGCAGCAAUUUUAUAUGCACCAAUAACUCGUUCCUACGUUCAUGUUUUGACGUUAAUGUAGUGACCUACACUACUAAUGCCUGACAUAAUUUGCACGUGUGUAGCAAAUAUGGCGAAAGCAGACGACAAAUGUCAUUCAUUCCCUUGACUUUUAUAGGAUGACUCAUACGCUGGCUUGUGAACAAGAUAUCCUGACAAAUGCACUCGCUACGCAUUUUGGGUGUAAAAAUGUAACGAAUGUACUUCGCAUGCAACAGUGGAUAUGUUCAUUCACUGGUUUCCGAAGUGGGAGGAUUACAAAGACGCUUCUAUCAGUGCUGUGAUGUGUUCUGGUGCUACAAUGCUACAUCGUUCUUAAACUGAAAACAAGAUUCGCUUCUAAAUGUGCAACGAAACUUCUACUUGUAUUUAUAAAAUUUUAUACGGUUACUGUUAGAAAUUUGAUUAGCACGGAUUGAUACAAAUUUUUAAUGGUUUCGUGUCGUAAACAUUGUGCUCCUUUAGAUGCGCAUUACGACGUCUAAUGAUCGCAUACCACUUUCGUACAGAUUCAGGGACCUCUGAAAUGAUAUCUGUAAACAUGAUUUUUUAUCGUCCAUUUGCUGUCUCAACCAAAAAUUAUUCCGCUGCACACAAUACAUGUAGGUGGCUGCAGAACACUACGGCGCAAAGCAGUUUUGCGAUGUCAACGCGUAUAACAUUUAAAGAUAAGCUUUGCGGAUCUGUAUGAUGAUCGAGUUAUCUAGAAGCAAAAAUGUAUAAUACGAAAGAUAAUGUAUAGACUUAUUUCAAUUAAUAAUACCUAGUUUAGUUUCCCAAAAAUAAAUUGGAUUUCUGCUCAUCCUUCACGAACAAGGAAGACUGACCACAGACGAAGUAGGUUAUUAACACUUGGGAUAUACUAACUGCUUGUUGCUGGCAGUGUGAACAUUCGAACAAGGCAAUAAAAACAAUUUUAAGGCGUUUAUGCAGUUAGGAAAGUGAUGUAGUGUCAGUUCCGAAAUGGCCUGAUAAGACUGAGCACGGUUCUACAAACUCCUCUCGUUCUUGAUAGAUGUUUCGUGAUGCUGUUCCACGUGAAUACAAGUUGGACUGUGUUGUGCAUGCUACUGGCACUGCAGGUGCUAGCUGCAGGAUUUCUGUUGCUGGUAACAGCACCACCAGGUCCUGUGUCUGUCGCUUCCGGUCCAGGUACCACACAGUCUACAAUACAGUUUCUACCAGCAGCACAAGUCAGCAAAGAUAUUGGCUUAUUUUCCACAUCCCAGAAGAAGGUACAAAUCACACUUGGGAAACCACAGACAGCAAAUUUUGUGCUGCAGAAUAACUCUCUGUGCUUCUCCACCGGAACAGAACCAGUGCGCACAAUUACAUCUCCAACAAAUGGUUGUGUCUGCCGCAAAGGGUGGCAUGGACGUGACUGUGGCCAACCGGAGGUUGUAUGGCGAGCACUGGCGAGGCAUCGUCCGCCUCUGCCGCCACCUACUCGGCGAAUGCAGCCACGGCGCCUCAUCUGUGUUAUAGAGGCCGGACCCAGUAUGGAACUAAUUGAAAUGGCAGCGCAGGAAGUUUCAUCAGUUGCUGAACUUAUAAUAUUACGUGGAGAACAUAAAUUAAGGUGGCUAAACAUAGUGCUAACAGAAGAUUGCCAGUGAAAAUCCCAGCUUUGUAAUCAAAACAGAGUUGCUGAAGGAACAGAAGAGGUUAACUGAUUCUCCCAUCAUUCCUGACAGAACAACAGAAUUGUAAAUGAAGAUCAGAAUAUUGUGUAUGUUCUAAUUUUAUUGAGUUAACCAUUUUUCACCUACAGUGCCAUCAUCAAAUGGCCUUAUGAGCUGAAAAUUGUUCAACUCAGUAAAAUGAAAUUUGUAGUACAUACAAAGUAACGUGUUUCUCAUUUAGAAUAAAAAUGAAACUGUCAUGGCAUUUGCGUUUUCAUGCAGAAAAAAAAUUACUUUCAUAAUGUAAAAAAGUUAGGAAACAAUGAAGCCAGUUGUGAAGAGGCUUAAAAAAAGUUUAUAUUCAUUGAACAUAUUUCCAAAUUGUUGAAAACUGCUGUUUAAAGAAAACAAAAUGUGGCAGAAUCACUGUGAAAAUUUCACAUCUGUGGAAGACAUUCGUGCAUCUUCUUGAAUAAAAUUAAAAUUGUACAAAGUAUCUAGGAAUCAUGAAGCCUACCUCACUCCUAUGCAAUACUGUCAGGAAAGUUCAGAAAAAUUUUGGUGUGGGUACUUUGUAUGAUGUUAAUACAAAUGUAAAACAAAACAUAGAAUUUUGUGAGAGAGACAAAGAAGAUGUCGAUUUAAGAAGGGUAAUUUCUACUAUAGAUUUGUGUAGCGGAUUUUCUUAAUAACCGUUUUCAGACAUUUUAGGAAAUUCUGAUUAAAAAAGGAAAAAGUGUGUUAUAGAAGUAGUAUACAAAACAUUCACUCUGAGUCUUCUUAAGCACAUAUCAUUCUUGAAAGGUUAAUUUUCUCACAGGUACCCUUAUAUUUGGGCUGAUAUUGUUGCCAUCAACAUGUUGGGAAACUUUUAGGCAUCUUCAGUAUCUGAGGGUAUUAUUACACAUAUGACCAGAGUCCAUUUUAUGCAAAAAGUUCAAUAAUACAGGCAGUGCACAGCAGGAAUCAGCAUUAUCAACUUCGAAAGGAAAAAGACAAGCUUAGCAUUUAACAUUCAACUGAAGAUCAUUGACGACACUAAAGCCUGUUAUGGGCACAGCUAGUGAAGGAAAGAAGAUUAGGGAAACCACAAAACAGCUAACUCUCAAUGGCUGAACAUAAAUUUGAAUGCUGUUCCUCAUAAAUGCGAGUUCUGCAUUUUAAUCAGUGUAACUCCUUGAGAGAAAUCAUAAAUGUGUUUCACAAUGUUAAAUAAUAGACACUCAUAGAUUUUAUUUUUCUUGUGAAGGCACUUUUCAUUUAUCAGCUAACAUUUUCACUGCGACAAAUAGGAUGCACAAGAUAAAACACACAAUGAUAUAAUUUAAGAUGAUAAAAUUGACUGUACAUGAACAGUAUUAUUCAGCAAAAUCAUAUCUGAACAGCAUGACGCAAGCUGUGGGCCUAAAUUUAAUCUUACAUGAUGUGGGACAGGCUGUUCCAACUCAGUGGGUAGCAGUGGGCAAACAGCGGAUGCUCAGGCAUCAAGGCUGUAGCCUACAUAAUCCUGCUGAAUCAGCUGAGCGCAUGUGUGCAUUGAUGGCCAAUUGCCUCACACAAGCACAGAAUUUGUGCAGUUGAUCACCUGGCAGGAUGCGUAUGUUAGUUACACUUGCCUGAAGUCAAGGUGAGAAACGCCCAGGAGUCACCGCAUCAUAUGGGGCAGUGUUGGAAGAUGUGGCUUCCUGUUGUACCUCCCUACAGUAAAUCCUGUUUUAUAUAUGUGACUUUCUGGCCAAAAUUGACUACUUGUGGUAAGUGUGUGUCACACGCCAACAUGUAAAUUAGCUGCCAGUCACAUUGCAUAGCUGACUGUGUUGAGCUCUAAAAUCCUGAGUAUUCUGAAGAUUGCUCAUGUGUAGGAACAGGGAACAGCAUCUUAGUCUCUUAAUAGCAGAAGUUAACACGAUCUUGUUUGCCGACACUCACUGCAGUAAUGAAUUUUGUGUCAUGUAACUCUUAUUUUAUUCUUGGCUUUGUUUUCGUGGAGUGCAAAUGUUUUUUCUAUGGAUGUUCUCCCGCAACUCAAACUGAAUAUAUGUCCAAAAUGAUAUUUCCAUUUUAAGUACUUUGAUAAGGAAAAAGCAAAGGUUCUCAUCUAUUUGUUGAAAAUGGUUUCAGCAGAGUAAAAUGCAGUUCUGUUGAAGCAGAAAAAUAGUUUUGGAUGUUACUUGGCUCAGAGAAAGAAAAGGUGUUAUACACUGCUGUAUUCUUUUGUACGUAAAUAAUUUCUCGAAGAAAUAAAGGCUGAUGUAUUGAAAUAUUUGAGCACAACACUUUCCUGUUCUUUCAGUUUUCAGAAAUGUGGAGAAUUUACCAUACAACAUUUGUCAAAUACAUCCAUUAUGAAUUUUGCUUUGGUUAUUAAUGAUCCCUAUUAUCAUAGCUAGUUCCUUGAUGUUGUUACUAUAGUCUUGACUUUUUGUAAGAAGCAUAGUUCCUCAUAAUCUCAGUUACACUAUUUAUAUACCAAAUAGUAUAGCAGACAGCAUCUACAUCUACAUGAAUACUCCACAAGCCACCUGAGGGUACGUGGGGAAGGGUGCUUUUAUUACCACUAACUUAAUUCCACUCUCAAAUGGCAUGUGGGAAGAAUGAUUGUUGGCAAGCCUCUACAUUAGCUCUAAUUUCUCAGAUUUUCUCACUCAUAAUGGUCAUUUCAUGAGAUGUAUGUCGGAGAAAGUAAUAUGUUGUCAAACCAUUCACAGAAAGUACUCUUUCAAUAUUUCAGUAGUAAACAUCUGUGUGAUGCACAAUACCUCUGUUGUUGUGUCUGCGACUGGAGUUUGCUGAGCAUCUCUGUAACACUCUUGCACCAUCUAAACAAUCCCACCAACAUACACCAUUUUGGCACCAAUGUGUAAAUGAAAACGGUAGCAAAUGUUGUACAGUAAGAAUAUGCCAGGGGCACUGCAGUAGACUCACUUAACAUGAGUAGUCAAUUAGGAGAAGAAAGUCAUUCAUGUAAAAGUAGGUUAAGUUAUACAGUCUUCUACAAUUUGGCAGAUGGAGUAAAUAUGAAUUAUUUUUCUUGUUUCUUUUCCAUUUGAAUGAAUCUAAUGGGGAGUUUUGUAAUGAAAGGAUCCCCUAGGGCAAAGAAAAAGAAGUAGAAAAGAGGUAAGGAGUUUGACACAGGAUGAAAUGAAACUCAGAUGGUGAAGAAUAGUAGACUACUUCCUCUUCAAGAUCAGGUAAUCACUUUGUUAAAGAGCAGCAAUGAAUGAUAAAGCUCUUAAUUAUAUUAUAAAACAAUUUUGAAAAAGAUUUUUUAUAAAGUCUUUGACAGUGUACUGCAGUACUUUAUAUUUUUAUAAUUUAAAUUAGUGCAUAAUUCUAGAUUUUAUACAAGAUUUGUCACAGAUCUUUAACAUGACAACAUAGGCCUAAGUGAUAUGAAUUGGUACACACUGGAAGAAUAUCAAAGAAACAGAAGAAUAAUGACAAAGGGAUAAGAAUGACAAAUGCAGUAAGAAAAAGUGGGCAAAAUAAAAGCUGAAGGAAGCAGUGCGCCAUAAAAGUGGUUCAAGAAAUUGUGAAGCAGGCAAAAGAGCAAUGACUUUUCACACUAUUCCUUGAAUUUCUUUUAAUAUUUCAAUCACCAGAUAUGUUUUCUAUACAUUUAAGGAAAACAUACAAUCCCUUCCAGUUUCUUUGUAUCAUUGAUUCAGAACGCCACAGGCAGGAACAUGCUCUCUAACUACAGUGGGAGGAUU